AUGGGCAUCUUUGGUCGCCGCCGCAACAACUCCGUAACUGCAUCCUCCGAUUCCACCCCUACCAUCAUCCCCGAGCUCUCCAAAGCCCAAGUCAAGCGCGCAACCCGCACGCGCAAGAUAUGGGCUCUCCUCACGUCCUUCUUCCUCUUCGUCACCGUCAUCUUCCUCAUCCUUGUCGAGAUCGGCGGCAUCAAGAACAAAUCUAUUCUACGAGAUUGGUAUUUCAUUCGCAUCGAUGUUAGCAAUAUCAUCCCGGCGAGCGUACCCAAUUUUGCGCUCAUCAACACAAUUGCGCAAACGCUGGGACUGCAUGAUUUCUACCAGGUUGGAUUGUGGGGAUUCUGCGAGGGCUAUGUGAACCAAGGGGUCACGUAUUGCAGUCCGCCCAAGACCCUGUACUGGUUCGAUCCCGUGGAAAUCUUGAGUAGUGAGCUGUUGGCCGGAGCUUCGAUCAACCUCCCCUCCGAUAUCAACGACAUCCUCGACCUCAUCAAGAUCGUCUCCCGAGUCAUGUUUGGCUUCUUCCUCACCUCGACCUGCCUCUCCUUCGUUCUCAUCUUCCUAAUGCCCAUUUCGAUCCUCUCUCGCUGGUGGACCCUCCCCGUCGCCAUCCUCACCUUCAUCAACGCGCUCCUCUGCACCGCCGCCUCCGUCAUCGCAACCGUCAUGUUCGUCAUCUUCCGCAACGUCAUCUCCUCUGUCUCCGAGCUCAACAUCUCGUCCUCGAUUGGUAGCUACUUGUUCGGAUUUAUGUGGACAGCGUCCGCACGGGAUGUGAAGACGGGGAGGAAGAAGGGCAGUGAGAAGGCGUACCAGAUGCCGGGCAAUGCGGCGACGGAUGGGGUCAUGAUGAGAAGUGCUAAUGGCUUCCUGAGACGUUUACGGCGGAGACUGCGCCGCGAGCAGAGCGCACUGGACGAUGCGUUCGUCGCUGAACGUUGGCCGCGAAUCUGGCUAUCGCACUCCGAGUCAGACUACCCUGCGUGGACGGUGCAAUCGAAUCGGCGGAUGCCACGCAUGCAGUGGUUACAUACCCGACCUACGCUAUGGUCCGAGCCAUACCAAGAGGGUGCAACUGUGGAGCUAAUUGAAUUUCAGGCUCUGGACAAGUAA